AUGACGGCUAUCCUUAAGAAGGACUCCGUAGAGCUGGUGGAUGUCAACAAAAAGAAUAGCACCGCGUUACUUUCGUGUCAUAUUACUGGAACAACGUAUGCGUUCUGCUAUGCUACCAACAAGAUUUCGGUUCACGCCACACUAGCCCCCAAAGACCUCAACUGGAUGACAAUACCAGUUAUGACAACGAAAUCAAAUUCCCCGGGCGUACUGAGUGCCUCAUUCUCCACUCAGGAAUCCCUGGCAACGUCUCCUACGAAGCUGCCAUCAGGCAUAGAAACGGCUGCUACACCAGCGGCUGCGAGCCAAGGAACAUUCAGACCGAAGACAUCAUGGGGCUUAUACGCCAUAAUGGGAUCUAUUUUGGCUGGAACUCUGGGUUACACCUUACUUUUUACAUUGAUGGGCUGGUAA